AUGUCGCAAGCUAGUAAUGUUUUAGAAAUUACUGCCGUCGAAAAAUCCGAACCCCCCGAAAAACCACCUACUAUUACCUUCCACUCCGGAACACUCGUAAAGGACUACCAAUCAACUGCAAAUAGCAAAUUCAAGUCUCUUGAGAUUGAUGAGCAUUUGUUGAACGCAGAACAAGUUGCCAGUCAAUGUAAUACCAACAUCAACUUUUCUAAACCCGCUGAUUCAAAUGGAUUAUCAACUGACGAUGCCCAAAAACGUGUGCUUGAAGGAGGACAAAACUACGCUGUGCUUGCUGUUGAGUUUGAAGCCAAUAAAGUCAACAUCUAUCUUGGCGCCGUGCUAUUUGCUGUUGCAUUCCUUAACGCCUACAUCGAAUUUUACCAACUACGGAAGUCUGCUGCGAUCCUCGAGUCCUUUUUAAAUUUGAGUCCGCAAAAGUGCCUUGUACGCCGAGACGGGAAAUGGACCCAAAUUCUGGCAAUAAAUCUUGUCCGCGGAGAUGUGGUAUUCGUGAAGAUGGGCAACAAAGUUCCUGCCGAUCUUUACCUAUUUGCUGCUACAGACAUGAAAGUAGAUAAUUCCUCCCUGACUGGCGAAACAGGGCCACAAAAACGAACAACCUUCAAUUUUGAGAAAAAUCAUCUAAAAGCCACUAAUCUCUGUUUCAGUGGUACACUUGUAAUCUCUGGAGAGGGUUAUGGUAUUGUCAUUCGUACUGGGGACACUACCGUGUUGGGUCAGAUUGCCAACCUGACUUUUAGAGAAAAGAAAAACAAAUCUCCAUUGGCCCGCGAAAUUGACGAUCUCGUGAAAAUUAUAUCGGGACUUGCCACACUAUCUGUAAUCGUUUUCUUCUUUUGCAGUCUGAAAAUAUAUAACAAUAACAUCGCGCUUUCUCUCAAUUUCGCAAUUUCUUUGCUAGUUGCCUGGGCACCACAAGGGUUGCCGGCUACUGUCAUGAUGUUACUCACAGUAGCUGCCAAACGCAUGGGUAAACGAAACGUAUUAGUCAAAGAUCUACAAAGCGUGGAAACACUGGGUGCUAUUACUCUAUUGGCUAUUGAUAAGGCUGGUACUUUGACUGGAAAUGGAAUGGUUCCAUCCUAUAUUUGGUCCGACUCGAAGUUAUACACGACGUUCAAUCAGAAUGAAUCCGCCGAACCCUUCGACCCUAAAAAUGCUGGUAAUCAAGAAAUCAUCCUUACUUUUAUCUUGUGUUCGCGUAUAAACCCAUUCGAAAUUCGGUUUGCCAGUCAAUACGUGCCCGAUUACGAUGAAGUCGUCAAUGCCUAUCCAAAAAUUUUCGAAAUCCCUCUCAUUGCUGCAAACAAAUGGGCUCUUUCGAUUCAUAAAAAGAGACACGAAAAUGGUGAAUUAAUUCUCUACAUGCAAGGCGCUCCGGAACGCGUCCUCUUCCAUUGCUCCACUAUAUUCUUGGGCGGCGUAGCCGUGCCAUUGACAGACGAACAUAGGAAACAAUUCCACGAUGUAUACGAAUUCAUGGCAUCGAAAGGUCAUCGCGUAUUGGCUUUUGCACGGCUACCACUACCAGGCAGUCAAUAUUCAGUCAAUUACAGUUUCACAAGGGAUGAAAUAUAUAAUAUACUGGGUAAUCUGUGUUUUUUUGGCUUGGUUUCUCUCGAAGUUCCUCCAAAGCAUGGCGUUCGCGAAGCCAUGGGUCGCUGUCGUCUUGCGGGCAUUCGCGUUGUGAUGAUAACCGACGAUGGUCUUCUAACAGCUGAAAAUAUUGCACGUAAUAUUAAUCUUAUGCUAUCUGAUACGAAGGCGCUUGUAGCAAAACGUACAGGACGACCAGUUGAUUCCAUUCGUGAAGAGGAAUACAACGCAAUUGCCAUUUCUGGAGAAACUAUUGACACUUUGAGCGACUUUGAGUGGGAUAAUAUAUUUUCCAAGCGUGAAAUUGUUUUUGCCAGUACGUCACCGCGACACAAACUCGAGAUUGUCAAGCGAGCUCAAAACAUGGGACAUAUUGUGGGAGUAACGGGGGAUGGUGUGAAUGACGCUCCUGCUCUCAAGAAAGCUGAUCUGGGUAUUUCUAUGAAUAGUACUGGCUCAGAUGUAUCAAAGGAGGCUGCCUCUAUGAUAUUAUUGGAUGAUAACUUUGCGUCUACCAUAAAAGGAAUCGAAGAAGGCCGUCUAAUUUUCAUUAACCUUAAGAAAUCUGUUCAGUAUGUAAUUACUCACUUGACUCCAGAAAUCUAUGCCGUGCUUCUAUUUAUUAUCGUCCCCCUGCCAUUGCCUCUGUCAACCAUUCAAAUUUUGCUCAUCGAUUUGGGCUACGAAUUAUUUAUUGCCAUGACCUUUGCUUGGGACAAGCCAGAAGAUGCUUCAAAGUUGAUGAAAUUGGCUCCUCGAAGACGCGUUACGCUGAAAACCAUACAAAAUUUACGUCGCCGUGCUCUCAUGCGUACGCCUACUGUUACGGAUCCUGAAACAGGAUUGCCUCUGCAAACUUCCAGAAUGAGCCGAUUCUUUACGCAAUUUAAAAAACUUGCAAGUUGGGAAUGGUGGAAACAGAGGUUUGAAUUGAGCGGAGAUGGAGAAGUUCUUAUUGACGGGAAUAUUUUAAGUUAUGCUUAUUUGGAAGUCGGAAUUCUCGAAACGGUUUUCUGUUUGUUGGCAUACUUUAUUGUCUUGAAUCACCACGGUAUAUCGCCAACUGACGCGCGCUUGAUGCAGCUAAACGGUUCAUACUUUCUCAGUAGCUCGCCCGAUUACACAACUACUCGUGGCGUUACCUUAACCGCAGAUCAGCAAGUUGAAGCUCUGAGUCAAGGACAGUCGAUCUUCUACCUCUCGAUUAUGAUCCAGCAAAUGUUUGAUCUUUUUGCUGUAAAAGACAGGUUUGACUUACCAUUUGGCGAGCUCAUGUUCUCAAAUCCGCGCAAUUUCAUCGGUAUCUUUCUCGGCGGAUGUCUGGCAAUGUUUGUCGUUUAUAUUCCUCCUGCAAACACGGCAUUAGGAUCAAAUUACAGACUCAGUCCAUUAUAUUGGCUAACACCCAUCGGAGGAGGAAUCACUAUAUUGUUGUACGUUUCCGUUCGUAUCUUAGUCUUCCGCCGACGUCGUGCGUCACUGAUUAGCGAGAAGGGCGAAGUGCUCAUCUCGAGACUUUACCGACAUGAUUUGAAACAUGAAAACUUGUACAUAGCAGCUGUUACCAAGUGCAACGCCAACGCAGCUCUCGUGUUCGAGUUCUGCUAUAGAAUUAUAAACAUAGGGAAAAGCUAUUUUGGUAAAUUUGACGAAGAAAGUGUAAAGAAUAAUUUUGUACUGAUAUAUGAGUUGUUGGACGAAGUAUUGGAUUUUGGGUAUCCACAGAACAGUGAAACCGAGACAUUGAAGAUGUAUAUUACGACCGAAGGAGUUAAAUCGGAACGAGCAGUUAAAGAAGAUUCUUCAAAGAUCACGAUUCAAGCUACUGGGACUACCUCCUGGCGACGGGCUGAUAUUAAAUACAGGAAGAAUGAAGCGUUUAUAGACGUUAUCGAGUCUGUUAAUCUGCUUAUGAGUACAAAAGGCAACAUACUCAGGGCUGAUGUUUCGGGGCAAAUAAUGAUGAGAGCAUAUUUGUCCGGCACGCCAGAAUGUAAAUUCGGGUUGAACGAUAAACUAGUGUUGGACAAGGAUCCAAGAAUCAAUAGCGUUUCCCGGCGUGCUAAUGCUGUUGAAAUAGACGACUGUCAAUUUCAUCAAUGUGUGAAGUUGGGAAAGUUUGAUUCAGAUCGAACAAUAAAUUUCAUCCCACCCGACGGUGAAUUCGAGCUCAUGAGAACAACGGAGAACGUUAAUUUGCCAUUUCGGGUUCAUCCCACAGUCAACGAAAUUGGAAAAUCACGGGUAGAAUAUAGAGUUACUGUAAAGGCCAAUUUCUCUAACAAAUUAUAUGCGAAUAAUGUUGUUGUACGGAUUCCUACUCCUUUGAACACGGCGAAUAUCAAUGUGAGGGUUGUUUCGGGUAAAGCAAAAUAUGUUCCCGCGGAUAAUUCUAUUGUCUGGAAGAUGCCUCGUUUCCAGGGACAAUCGGAAUUCACGCUUAGUGGUGAGGCCGAACUGUCUGCAAUGACGGUGAAUAAGGCCUGGUCAAGACCACCAAUCUCGAUGGAUUUUCAAGUUCUCAUGUUUACGGCCUCUGGUUUACUUGUCAGAUUCCUGAAAGUGUUUGAGAAGAGCGAUUACCAGAGUGUCAAAUGGUGCAUUGAUACAUAUUAG